AUGUUUAUUGUUCCUCCAAAAUUAUAAAUACAAGGGAAUGAUAGUGAGGAGACUAAAGAAGGAUGUUAAUGUUAAAAAACGAAAUGUCUAAAAUUAUACUGUUAAUGCUUUCAUGAUGGAAAAUGCUGCGGAUAAUCAUGUGGUUGUAAUGGUUGUAAAAAUAGUUUAAAUGAUUAUCUCGAAAGAAAUAAAGCUAUUGGGAAGAUAAUUCAUAAGUAUAAAGAUGAUUAUAAAUAAAAAUUGUCAGGUGAUAAGGGUUAAGGCUGUUGCUGUAAGAAAAGUAAAUGCAAACUUAACUAUUGUGAAUGUUUUAUCAAAGGCAGAUCAUGUGGUGAAUAAUGUCAUUGCAAAAAAUGUGAAAAUGGAAAAAAAUAAAAUAAAUAAAAUUGCAUAAAUAAAGAGGAAAGGAUAUAAAAUUGA